AUGAUUUCGGGUACUAAAAAAAUUAGAAAAGAUUUUGUUGAGAGUAAAAAAGAGGUACUUCAAAACACAGAAACCAUGUUGAACUUAAACAGAGAACUCCAACAAGUUCUACAAGAGCGCAAUCGAAUGGACAUGUGUAAUAGAAGAUUCUAUGACGGUGGAUUAUCCAACAAAGAUGAUCGUGAAAAAAGAAGAACUUUAAGGUUAAAAGCUGUAGAUGAAAUAAUUGCAUCUGAAAAAAGUUACCUUCGCCAGCUGGAAAUACUUAUGUACUACUUCGUUAAUCCCAUAAAAUUAAAAAAAAUACUUGAUGUUCACAGUCAUUCUUUGUUAUUUGGCCAAAUUGAAAUGAUUUAUAAUUUGAAUGGCGAACUGCUGCGGGAAUUGGAUGAUAAUAAGGAUAAUGUUGCUCAAGCUUUUAUUAAAAUGGCUCCAUUUUUAAAAGUUUAUUCUGUUUACGCUUUUGGUUUCCGAAAUGCAAUGCUUAUGCUUCAGGAAAUUGAAAAUAAAAAUACAGAAUUUCGUAAAUUCAUGGUUCAGACUGAAACACGCCCCGAAGUACAGCUUACGCUGAAUUCUUUAAUGAUAGUUCCAAUACAACGUCUACCUCGAUAUAAAUUACUUUUAGAACAAGUACUAUUGUAUACCAGUCCAUCUGAAAUUGAUUUUAAAUUGUUAAAAGAUUCUGUAACGCAAAUCACAUCGAUUGUAUCUCACGUAAAUUCAUGUGUGGAAGAACAAGAAGUAACUUUAAUGCUUCUUAAUUUGCAAAACUCAUUGUCGAAUAGAUCGCCUAAUAUUGUAAAGCCUUCAAGGAAAAUUGUGAAAGAAGGAAGAUUGUUUAAAAUUUCUCGUAAUGGAUCUCAGCUUAAGCGGUUUUGUGUUCUAAUGUCUGACAUUUUUAUGUACUGUAAAAUAUUGAAGGAUCGUGAAAUAAAUACUGCCGUAGAAAAUGCUUUGGAAUGCUGUUGCAUAUUUCCCUUGAAGAAAUGUAAAAUUUACGAACUGUUCCCAGACAGUUUUAAAAUUACUUGUCAAGGCGAUGCGAUCAUAUUUAGUUCAUCAGAUUUACAACUUGUACGUUCUUGGAUAAAUUGUAUUCGGGGUACUAUAAACUUACAUAUCCAGUGUAGAAAGACAUUGCGCAAAGAAUCUAGUAAGCGCAAACCAACCAGGAAGAAGAAUAUGAAAUAUUUUGAGAACGAUUGCCAGAAGAGAGAAUUACCGGAACACAAUAAACGUAAAAGUUGCCAGGAUGUUGGUGAUAAAGCGAUUGGCUGCUUUCCGUUUAAAAAAAAUUGCUAUCAAACAAAUAUAAAUACAGAAAGUGAUCUUAAACACAAGAGGACAGUGAAGGCACUUUCAGAUACCAGAAGUUUUACCACAGAACUUUCAACAGAGCAAGAGCAAGACUAUAUUUUACAGCCAUCACCUCAUAAACGAGUAAAAUUUGAUUUCAAGGAAAAUAACGCAAGUUACACAAAUGAGCAAAAUGCAACUAAAAAUGUGGAUACAGAAGUGUCUUUGACUGAUAAAAUAUAUAAUUUUUUUUCAAAUAUUUUUUAAUAUAUGUACUAGUUAAUACCAACAACAAUAUAUUGUUAUUCGAACUAAUAUUCAAAUGCAUGUCAUUGGCAUAUUGACUAUUAGAUUCGAUCGUCACUUAUGGAGUCCGUUAAGUGGACACAUGUUAAAUUGUAAGAUGAACCUUCGCACUUAGCACAUAUGGUCCGCCCUAAGUUGACAUACGUUACACAUAUUAGAUUUUAACCCUAACUUGGUCACUAUUUACAUAUGUAAAUAUUCGAUUUUUAAAAUAGCUAUUAUUUUCACAUUUUCGGUCCUAUAGAAUUACGAUUCGGACUCAGUGACUAUUUUUUGAUGUUUUUCCUGUGAAUAGAAAAAAAUAAAAAUUAUAAAGUUAAUUUACCGUAACUUUUUUCAA